UCCUGCUUUUGUGUACCAAAACACAGACGGCGCAGCGGUCGGGUUAAGCCACAGCCUGCAAAACGGAUGGUUUCAUGUCGGGUGUGUGAUUUUCUUCUCGGGCGAUUAGGCUUUGCACUCGAGAACCGUGUUUUGAAGAACUAAACGAAACUCCACCGGACGCGUUUAACUUAGCUGGCUUUGGUUUAAAGCUGCAGACCCGGAGUUGCAUCGCGUAUUCGUCGAGUGAGACAGGUGAGCCAUGGCAGAAGGAGGCUACGACCCGUGUGAGUGCAUCUGCUCCCAUGAGCACGCCAUGAGGAGGCUGAUCAAUCUGCUGAGACAGUCCCAGUCUUACUGCACGGACACCGAGUGCCUUCAGGAAAUGCCAGGCCCCAGUUCCUCGCAGGCCGGGGACCUGACCGUGCCAAUGAUCAUGUUGGGCUGGGUGGUGCUGGCCCUCAUCCUCUUCCUCCUCAGACCCGCCAGCAUGAGGGGCCCCGGGGCCGCAGGGAAACCAGGCAGCCCGCACAAUAGUCAUGACAGAGAGCCACCUGCCCCGCCCGUGGACUAGCCCUGGUGCUGGAAGACCCACUUCCAAAUGGCCAAGGAUUUGACAUGACCCAAUCAGCUACUGUGACCUGGAUGUACUCUCACAAUAUUUACUUUGACUUACUGUUUUAUUUUCUUUCUUUAUAGUAACGGUUCUGUUUCCUCAGUGGCGUGGUCUUCGCCGCUCCGCUGAAGUGGGUCUUACAGUAGUGCACUGCUUUCGGAGGGCGCGUUUGGAGUUGGCCUGUCGGUUCCAGGUCUUCCCUGCCUCUGCAGUUGAAUUUGGAUGGUUGAGAAUGUCGGUGUGUCAGCGGUUGGUUGCGGUGGAAGGGAGGGAGGCAGCAGACCCGAGUGAGCCACUGCACAGCAUGGGUGGCUCUUACAUUCCACAUUCCAUGAAGGUGUUCUAUUUCUGCUGUCUCCUUAAAACGAAUGUGUCCAUGGACUGCUGCUGGGUAGCAUAUAAGAACAAGGGGCUAGGAUAUAAACCUAAAGAUAAAAAAUAAAGGCAAAAUGAGUGUGUGAAUAUCUCUUAAAUCCCUGUAAAAUAAUAAUAAUAAUAAGGCUAAACAAUCCCCUUCUGGAAAUUCAAUCCAGAAUGUGUGCUAUUCUGAGACGGCUCACUGAGCCUGCUUAUUACUGACACCUGUACUGAGAAAGGCAAUGCUUUAUGUUACAGGUCCGUUUGCUUGGUUCUAUUGCAGGGCUCGGUUUUUAACAAGGGGCAGUACACUGUUGGUAUUUUCUCUGUGUGGGGAAGUUUGGGGAGGGUCCACGCCCUCUUCCUUGUGUGGUUAUGGUACACAGCACCCUGCUUGAGGAUGGAAUGGGGCUUUUGAUAACUCCAUCCUCAAGCAUAGGCUAAAAUAACAAGCUAAUGGAGUAGCUGGCAUUAAAGGGACGGUGUAAUUGUUAAAGGCUGAGCGUUAAAGUGCAAUAAAUCAAACAAACUGCAGACAGUCACAUCCAAAAGUGUACUGUUAUGACAUGCAGCUCUUAAAGUUUUGUACACUUUUUCAGAUAAUAACAUUAUGUAUAAAAACAACUGUGUAUGUGUCUGUAUACUGUCAAAUAUGUUGCUGAAAGGUACUCAAAGAGGAACGCAACAUUAACAUGAAACUAGUGAUGGUUUGCUCCUUGUGAAUGGGACAAUACAGGUACCUGUUCAGAGUUCUGUCUUGUUUUGAAUCUUUUUUGUCAUGUAAUAUAAAUACAGAUAAAGGAUUUUCACAGUGGUAAUGACUGGUUAUGAUAUUGAUGGUGGUUACGCUGGAGACAUUGAGAGGGUAGACAUACGGAAAGUGGCAUGAUGAUGUAACUCCUGGACAGGAUCUCUGUGUCCGGGCAUCCAAGGUGUUUACUCAGUGCCUUGUCAUGUGCCAGUUGUGCUGCAGUUCACGUUGCUGUUCCCACUGCGCUCCCAAGCCAGAGUUUCAAGAGUUAUUGAUAUAUAUAUAUGUCUAUUCAUCCAUCCUCAUCAUGGCUAAAUCAUUUUCGUUUUAGAAUUCUUUCACAAUCUCCGGACUGCAGGACCACGUCACGCCGAAGCUGUAGCUUGGUCCGUAACAUAUUUCAAACUCUGAAGGAACCGUCUUGAGGGUGGAGCAGUUUCUCUUCUUUAAAGCUGAACACGAUGAAAUCAGAUCCCCAACCGUACUGCUGAUCAGAGAAGGCGUGUCAAAUGCAUAAUCAGUUUCGUGUUCCGUGAGAGCGCCCCACCCCAAAGACAAAAGAACAGCUCGUGAUGCCCAGUGAUGUUACUGAGUAACAAAAAACGUUGUUGUAUACUUGUGCAAUUCAUACGUUUUCACUCUGUAAAUGUACUGCAUUUUAAUUAAUAUGUAUAGAUUAUCACAGCUCCUCUUUGUAACAGUUACCCCUUAUUUUAUAUGUACUAUACUAGUUCUUUCUUAAACAUGGUAUUGGGUUAUUCUAUAUUCAUUUUUUUGCCAGAGAUCAGAGCUAGUAGGCUGGUUGUAUUGUGCAGUAAGUUUGAAUGUAGGGGGCAUGCUGUGGAGAGCCUGAGGUUUAACUGCUAAUAUUCUGUAACGUAACGUUGAUCCCAAUCUCUUACCCGUACUGAUUAAACAGAUCUAAUACGAACGUAACUAUACUGUUUAUGCUGUAGUGGUGUGUUGGUGUACCACCAAAUAUUGAUGUUUACUGACAAUUUCUUACUUUGCUGUCUGUACUUGGUCCAUUGAAAUAAGGGAGAAGAUAAAUCUGCAUUUAACACAGGGUUUUUUUGAAUGAAACAGUGUUUUUUUUUUUUUUUUUUUUAUUCCCGUUGAAACAACACAGUUGGUGUGCUGCAACACCGGCCAUGAUAUCAGCCAGUUUCAGCCAGUACAUUUGGUUUAAAAUUUGUGGUGCAAAACAGAAGUCCUGUCAGGCAAAGGUUUUCUUUGAGGAAAGAUCUCCUUCUGCAGUCAUUAUUCUCUCUGCUAUACCUGCACUUAAAGGAAGGGUGGAGUGCGAAUCAGCCAAAUUUGUGGAUUUCUUUCACGGUAGAAUUUAUAUUUAGUGCCAUUUAAGCUGUCCCUUAACACUGUACUGAGUAAUAAAGAUAUGAA